AACUUAAUAAAUCGCAUCUAAUGAUGAAGUAUCAAAUGUUUGCCACCUUCAUUAUAUGUAUGUUUUUUGGGCUACAAAUAUCUCAUAUGAAAAAAGUGAUCCCAAAUCGACACGAAUGCGUCCAAUUGAAAGCUGCCGUCGAAACAUCGGGAGGUCUGGAGUACUUUGCAUCAGUGAAUGGAGUGGUGAUUGAUGUGAUCCAAGGGCUCUACAAAGACUGUCUGUUGGCUGAGGAGGGCAUCCGUUUCAAGAGAUACCGAAAACGACACAAACUACUCAAUCAUAAACAGAUAGAUUAUAAUUAUAUUAUAUAAAUCAAAUCAAU